AUGGCUGUCGCCGACGCCGAUGACGAGGAGAAGGGGCGAGCGGGAGUCGCCAAUGGCGUCCUCCUCGCGUUCCUCGCACCAGAGGAAGCGCUCGCGCUCGGGGGCGACCACAAUGAAGCGCUCCACGGCGAGCUGCGCGUGCGCCAGGGACACGAGGUCGACGCGGGCGGGGACGACGAUGACGAAGCGUGGCGCGGCGAGACGCGCGGCUUCCGCGCGGAGGACGUCGGCGACGAGGGGUGCCGCGGCCAGGGACACGAGGUCGACGCGGCCGGGGACGCCGACGACGAAGCGCGGCGCGGCGAGGUGCGCGCUCCCCAGGGCCGCGCGUACGACGACGACGCGGCCGAGGACGAGGAGGGGCUGCGCUUCCUCCCCGGCCGCGCGCUCGGCGAGGAGGUGCGGGGCGUGCUCCCGCUCCGCGACCGCGCACUGCGCCUCCGCCGCGACCGCAUGGGCUACGAUGACGAGGGGGAUGUCCUUCGCCUCCAGGCCCGCGGUGACGCGGAGGACGACGAGGGGCUGCUCCGCCGCCGCGCGCACGGCGAGGGGCUCCCCCUUCCCGCAUUCGGUGUCAGCGGCGAGAGGCGCCCGCUCGGCGGCCGCGCGCGCCUCUACUACGACGCCAACGACGACUACCAGGGGCUCCGCGGCCGCGCGCGCUACGGCGUGGAGACGCGCGGCUUCUGCGCGGAGGACGUCGGCGACGAGGGGCGCCGCGGCCGCGCUCACGACGACGGGCACGAGCGACACCGAGGACGCGGGCGCGUGGGCGGCGAGAGGCAGAGCAGCUGCGCGAACGACGACGACCAAGGCCUCCGCGGCGGCGCGCACGACGAUCCUGACGAGCCGCGCCGUGGCCGCGUGCUUCUCACGCUCCGUGCCCGCCUCAAGGACGACGACGACGAGGAAUUGAUGCGUGACCAGGAGGGCGCCCUCGGGGACGAGGUCCACCGGGGCGCGAACGGCUACCGCGAGGGCCAUCGCUCCGCGCACGACGACGGCGAGGGACCCCCGUUCGCCGCGCUCGACGACGGCGAGGAGCGCCCGCUCGGCGGCCUUGUCGAGGAGCUGUUCGUUUGCCGCCUCGGGGACGACGACGAGGUCCGCGUCGGUGCGAACCACAACGGCGAGGGGCGCCGACUCCGCGGCCCCCGUCCCGAUGGCGAGGAGGCGCGCGUGCGCUGCGGCCGCGCGUACCAGCUCGCGCCCCGCGCCCACGCGCAGGAGGAGCCGCGCGUACGCCGCGACCGCGCGCAGGAGGACGAAGAGGAGCCGCCCGUUCGCCGCGGCCGCGCCCGUUCGCCCCUUCGCCUCCAGGCCCGCGGUGACGCGGAGGAUGGCGAGGGGCUCCCGUUCCGCCUCCGCGCGCACGGCGAGGGGCUCCCGCUGCCCGGACUCGGUGUCGGUGGUCGCGCGCGCCUCUACGGCGAGGGGCUCGGUCGGGAGGACGACGCCGAGCGGCUCGAGGUCGCGGUGGACGACGCCGAGGGUGGCGUGGACCUUGGCGCCCUCGAGCUCCAGGAUGAAGAGCCUGCCGGCGGCAAGAAGGUCGCCGUCAGCGCCGCCGUUGCGGCUGCGCGCGCCGUUAAGAAUGCCGCCGGAAAGAAAGCCGCUAAGGAAGCUAUGGUCCGGUGGGGACAGAGAAACCCCAACAAGAACACCCCCAAGAAAGGAUCAGGUACUGCCAAUUGCUCGAUCUAUAAAGAACCAGUUGAAGUUGGAGCUUUCCAGUCCAAUCAGAAGAUUUAUGAGCCAGACAAGAGAUUUAUGACGGGAAAUGAAGUCACUGACAGCGAAUACAUUGAGCUAGUCGGGCUUUACAAUAAAAUGAACAAUCUCCAAUUAGAGACCAAGGACAUGAUCAAGGGGAAUGCUAUGAGGAGUGACAUCUUGGACAACUGCUUACUGAUGAGGAACUUAGUUCGGAAGAUGCGAUCACUUCGUGCGAUGAUCAAAAGAAAAGUCGAAGGUGAACCUCCUAUAAUACCUCCCAAUCUAUUAGAAAUUCCAGAUAUCUCUUAGUGGUGCUUGGUGGUACUGCAUUUGCAUUCUUCUGAGCCUAGAAGUGCUUCUUUUAGUGGUACAGCAUUUGCCGCCUUCUGUCUAGAGAGCCUAGAGGUGCUUCUGUUAGUGCUACAGCAUUUGCGUUCUUCUGUCCGAAAGUGGGCAGUAAAUUUGUACUCCUUGCAGAUUGACUCUCAUAGUAUUGAUUGAUUGGCUGUAGUACUGUAGCUUUGAACAACAGAAGUUAUUUUUUUCUGUGCCAUUGCUGCCAUGUUCUGCUAGAGCGGUGCAGGGGUGGUGGUGUUAUGUCAUUUUUUUUUCCCAGGCAAAUGAUUCACAUGAAUUCUUUUUGAGGCAUGCCAACUUAGAAUUCUGGGUGCAAAUGAUUCACAUAUGGUGGCUGGGGCAAUGUCCUAAUAGGGACUUUGGGUGUGUUUAGUUCACGCCAAAAUUGAAAGUUUGGUUGAAAUUGGAACGAUGUGAUAGAAAAGUUGAAAGUUUAUGUGUGUAGAAAAAU